GCCGCCAGAUUGUGCUGCUGCACUGAAGGCUGUGGCGCCAAACCCCUCGUCUCCAGAUGUUCAUCCUCCGACUAAACGGGUGUGUGUUAACGGGUGUUUCGGAGCCUGAUCGCGCUGUUUGUGCAGUUUUAACGUUAGUGAUGUUUGUUUGUCGGAGUUUAUUGGAGAAAAGCAGAAAUGGCGCCACUUUCUCCCCCACCCGCGCCUCAGUGCAGCUGUGGAGCACCGGAAGCGGAACUCGCGCUAUUCCCCCUCAGUGUUCGUCUGUUCUGCUGUGUUUAUCUGUCACUCUGCUGUUUUUAAUCAUUUGUUGUGUUUUUGUUUUAGCUGUUGCUGCUUCCGCGCCCCGGAAAUCACUCGGAGCAUCCGGAUCCUCGAACGCGCAGAGCGGCAGCGCGCAGUCGGGCACGCCUGCUAAGAGUAAGUAUGCGGGGGGGAACCCUGUGUGUCCGCGGCCCACCCCGACCUGGCAGAAGGGCAUUGGGGAUUUCUUCGGUGGUCCAAGCAGAAAACCAGAGAAGGAGAACCUUCAUCCUGAGGGAGAGGAGGAUGAGGAGGAGGCCGGCGGCAGUGGUGUCAGCAAAGCGCAGAGGAGGUCCAGGCCGAUCAUCGAGGAUGAAGAUGAUGAUGAUGAAUGAUCUCUCUUUGAGUUUCUUCAGUGUAAAUCUUUGUAAAUAUUUUUAAUGGACGCUUCACUGGUUUUGUACAGGAGUUUAAUAAACUGUUGAAUCUUCUGCAUUGUCUGAUCUCUGCAUUGUCUGAUCUCUGCAUCUGUCUGAUCUCUGCUGUCCUCCAGUUCUGGUAUCUGCAGGAUUUUAUUGUCUUGAGUUUCAAAAACCAAAUGUUAAACCCUUUUAAAGUCUUGAAUUGACUGAAGUCUUGUGUUGUAGGUGUUCAAUCACUGUAAGCGGGUCUUACUUUUCCUCUGUCCAUGUAAAGGGACCCAACUGGGGCAACACCCAUCCAGUCACUAACAAUAUACUUCAAUAAAGGUUGAGAGACA